UAAGAAUAUAAACGGAGAUCCGCGGUGGCAGAGAUACUUAAAUUUAGUUUGCGUUUGUCUGCGCGAGUGUGAUCGGCUUUUGCUGGAGUUUCUCCUAGUCUUCGUAUAGUGUUUCCGUUUAUUUAUUUAUAUCUCUUAGCUGCAGGAUGCUGAGAUCUGCUCAACAAUCUUCUGUGGUCCAGCCCUUGGUGUACUCUGGCCGUCUAUCUCCUGAGCAGGUAGCAAUGUUGGAGGCAGAGUUCACCAAGGUCAAAACUUUACAUUCUACAGAUCUUUCCCUGCUGGCUGCUGAGAUGGCGGUCAAUGAGAAGGAUGUACAGGCUUGGUACACUCAGAGGGUUGCAGCUUGGAGAAGAGAGCAAGGCUUGUCUGACUGUUUUGGGCAGAUCUAGGUGCUGUGAAACUUACACUAUAACCAUUAUGUUCCUUUUAAAUCUAGUCAUUGUUGUACUAAACAUAACCUCAAGUUUGUCUAUCCACUUUAACAGUAUUAAUAAUUACACUAUUUAUAAUUCCUUUCAAUUACAGAACAAGUCUGACAUUUUUAUUCAUCAAAGAAUGCAAUGAACAUGUUGACAAAUGAGUAUAAUUCUUGUUCAGAAUUAAAGAAAGCAACCUUAUAUUCAUUAGCAUUUAUUUAUAAAAUUCAAUAGAUGAGGAUAAUAAAAUUUAGAUUUAUGAAAAAGACAAUGUUUUAGUCUAGCUUGUUUUUAAUGCAUUCACUGUGGCUUUAUUCUGAAUGAUCUUAAGUACUCUAAAAACCUGGCACAUCCUAAGGCAUCUGCCGUAGUCAAUGUGUUAAGGUAAUGCAAUUUAUUAGUUUUCGGUUGGAUAAUUUAAAAAAUUCUUAAAAAAUGUUGGUCACAGCUCUAUAAGAUAAUUUUUCUGGACAGAAAAAAUGUUUUGAUAGUUCCAGAAAAGGUAAACAUUUGAAGCAGAAUUUAGGGGCACCUUAUAGUAAGACACAAUCGGUAAAGCUAAAGAUAUACAUUUUUUACAGAAUAUACGUGGAAGAUGCCUGGAGAGAAUGGCAUGUUUUAAAUUUUCACAACAAAUGUAUUUCCUAAAGAAAGAUUCUAUUAAAACAUGCAAUAAUACAUUAUAAAAAAUAUAGUUUUCUAUGUCACAAAUCAUCAAACCACUUGUCACCUCCCAAAGCUAUAAUUUAUGUAUGUAUUAUAUAAACACGUUUUUAUCUUAAACCAUUUGUAUUUGGCUUGAUUAAGACAUUACCAACAUUUCUUACUUUAAAUGACUGUAAUUUCUCAAAGAGUGAUCAAGAAAAUAUAUUUUAACUUUUUAUAUCUUGAUUUAAAAAGAUAAAGUAUCACAAUUAAAAAUCUAUUGCACCAUCAUUAACCCAUAUCUCAGAUGCUGUUGAUUACAUACGACUGCUCCACUAACCAGUACUGAAUGUUAUUUUAU